UUGCAUCGUCUCCAGUCUCUUGCAUUGCACGCCGCCAGCAUAACAGCAAAGUCCAUCGAGCUCCGCACACGCCCGCGCUCAUCGUACUUUGUCGUCCUGGCUCCAUCACGCCCCUUCAUCUCGGCCUAAUCAAAGACAGCCGCCCCUCGCGCCCCAUUGUCGCUCGCGCCGCCCUAGGUUGCUCGGACGUUGCUUCGUUCGGCCCUCGCGCGCGCACUGUUCCCUCCAGUCUAGAAGCACACGGCGGUGUCGCGCUCGUCCCCGCUCCGCUAAUAGUGUCGAUCCUCGAAAAUGUCAGACAACAACGGAAAGGGCAACAUUUCCGAGCCGGCCAAGUCGGCCACGACCCAGUCGUUCAUCACCUCGCUCGUGACAAACUUGGUCAUUGCCGGCGUCGAAUUGAUCCUCUUCCUGGCCUUGCGAAGACUGAUUCGAGGAGUGUACGAGCCGCGCACGUACAUUCCCCCGCGCAAGGAGCAGAGCCCUCCCAUUGGCAAGAACCUGCUCGCGCCGUUCUGGAAGAUAUACAAGGCCGAUCCCAAGGACAUUCUCAGGAAGAAUGGUGUCGACCCCUACGUCUUUGUGAGGUUCCUCUGGAUGCUCACAAAGAUCAUGAUCCCCAUCUGGGGUGUUUCGUGGCUCAUCCUCUUCCCCGCCGAUGCCGCGGGCCACACCCAAGGCAAGAGUGGCCUUGACAUGUUCACGUCCGGCAACAUUCUGAAUCUCGACCGCUGGUGGGCUCAUCUUUGGCUCGCAUACCUGUUCAAUGGUUGGAUCAUGUACAACAUCUGGGUCGAGAUGAAGCACUGGCUCCAGGUCAGGCAGGAUUAUCUGGUUUCCAGCAAGCACUCGCGUCUUGCUCAGGCCAGCACUGUGCUUGUCACGGGUAUUCCUCCCCACCUCAUGGACGAGGAGAAGCUCGAGCAGCUGUACUCGUACCUUCCUGGGGGCGUUAAGCGUAUCUGGCUCAAUCGCAAUCUCAAGGACAUGCCCAAGAUUUACGACCGCCGUCUUAAGGCCUGUAAAGUCCUCGAGUCCGCCCAGGUCAGCUUAAUCAAGUCGGCCCAGAAGAGACACAACAAGGCCCAAGAGGAGGUCACAAAGCUUGAGAAGAAGGGCAAGCCCAUUCCCGGCAAGAUCCACCGCGCAGCGACCAUGUACGCGGAUGAAAGCGAAGAGGGCAUCAGAAUCGGAGAGCUUCUUGUUCCUCGUGAGCAGCGCCCGAAGCACCGCAUCAAGCCUAAUUGGGCCCCGUUCGGCCUUGGCUUCCUUGGUAUUGGCCAAAAAGUGCCGUUGACUGACAUUGAACAGGAUGCCAUCGACUGGGCUCGCCAGGAGAUUGUGCAGACCACCCAGCAGCUCACGUACGAGCGCGAGCGACUGGCCCAGGAUAUUGAUACGCCUGGCAACUCGGCCGACGAGACCUACCCUCCCCUGUCCUCAGCAUUCAUUCAUUUCAACCAGCAAAUUGCCGCCCACAUGGCCCAGCAGUGCCUCGCCAACAGCAAGCCCUACACCAUGAACCGACGCUUCAUUGAACAAUCGCCCAAGAAUGUCAUCUGGAGCAACAUGUCUCUGUCCGACUACGAAGUCAACGUCCGCACUGUCAUUUCAUACGCCAUCACUAUCGGCCUCCUCAUUGCCUAUGCCCCAAUGACCGUCUUUGUCGGUUCCCUGUCGAGCGUGGCCACUUUGACUGAGAAGUUCAAGUGGAUGGCCUGGAUCGGCGGUGACGACUUUGGCAAGAAGCUGCUCCAAGGUGUCAUCUGCGGUAUCCUGCCUCCCGUCCUUCUUGCAGUGCUCCUCAUGCUAGUGCCCAUCAUUCUUCGACAGCUCGCCAAGCACCAGGGCAUGGUCAGCAAGACCGAGGUCGAGCUCAGUCUCAUGACAAGGUUCUUCCUCUUCCUCGUCAUUAACAAAUUCAUCAUCCUCACGCUCUCUUCUGGUCUCGUCGCAUCGAUCCAAGACAUUGCCAACAACCCCGCAUCGAUCGCAACGACGCUUUCCAAACAGCUUCCCAUGGCAUCCACUCUUUUCAUCACCAUCCUGCUCACCCAGUUCACCGGCACGUUGGGUACCCUGCUCAUGCCAGUGUCCGUGGCACUCUACUACGUUCGCGUCAUUCUCGGCGGAGGUACCCCGCGUUCGGUCUUCAACUCGCGUUACAAGCUUCCCAGCAUGCAGUGGGGUACCUCGUUCCCCAACAUCACUGUCUAUGGUGUUAUCAUGUUCUCGUACAUGAUGAUUUCACCCGUCAUCAACGGCUUCGGCGCUGCCUUCUUCGCCAUGAGCUUCUUCAUCUACAAGUACCUGUUGCUGUACGUCGACGACCAGUCGACGGCCGAGGACACUGGUGGUCUGUUCUUCCCUAAGGCCAUCACCCACUUGUUUGUCGGCCUCUACAUCCAGGAGGUGUGUCUCACGGCACUCAUGUUCCUGGCGCGCGGCCCACCUCCGGCGCGCAAGGCGGCCGCUGUGCCCCAAGGUGCCAUGAUGGUUGUUCUCAUUGCCAUCACUGUCGCCUGCAACUAUGUCCUCAACGUCGCCUAUGACCCGCUCAAGACGUCGCUCCCGCUCUCGCUCGCUCACAAGUCGUACGGAAUGUCCAACUCGAAGGAGGGUGACACUGAGAGCGUGGACACGGACGACGAUGACCCAAGACUGAGCACCUCGAAGCGCCCACUCAACCCUGUGCCGCCCGGACUUUCCAGCCCCGAGAAGUCUCUCGUCGACUACCCAGCCAGACCGUCUAGGAAUGGAAGCACAACGACGUUUAGCUCAGGAGCCGACAAGUCGGAUGUGUUUGUCGACGCGUCGUCGUUCAACGACGAUGUCAAGUACAAUCCGUACGACCACGAUUGGGAGACCGGCAAGCAGUCUCUCGACGUUCCAAGACCUGCGUUCUCCCAGAAUGGCUCGCGCGGGCCGUCGCGUGCCUCCUCCAAGGCUAGCCUGCCACUGGAGACGGUGCCGAUCCCGCUGAAGGAGAACGGCGACGGCGACGUCGAGCUUGGCAUCAUGGAUUCCAAGGGCGACUAUUACGAUCCUUCCCAGCACGGUGAGGAGGAAGAGGAGGAAAAGGAAGACCCGUACUUUGCGCAGCCCGGUGGGCCUGGUGUUCUCCGUGGCCUGCGUGACGACGGCCAGGACCCUGCAGCAUUCUUCCACCCCGCGUCCAAGGACCCGCAGCCGAUCAUCUGGCUGCCAAAAGACACUCUGGGUCUGACGGUGGUCGAGCUGGAGGAGAACCACGCCAUGGGAAUCCGCAGCACGAGCAAGAACGCCAAGAUGACGGAAGAGGCCAAGAUCCAGGUGUACGGGCCGCAGCCAGACGACCACGAGGACGACAAGGUGCUGUGGGACAUGGCUGUGGCGGUGUAGGUGGGGGUUGGGUAGUGUAGCUGUGGCUGAGGCCAUCUUGUAUAUUCAACAUCAUCACGCGCGUCGACGGACGCACCGCGCGUGCCCGGCGCACCAACGCACCAACACACUGUUUUACGCCGACAUGGCUUAUAUUCUGUCCCUACAUGUCUUGAUCUGUACCGGGAUGUAUCUAUCACGAG